GACGGUAGGAGGCAAGCGUCGAGGGCAAACGGACAGGGUGACGCGAGCUUCGAGAGGAGUGGCCGUUUAUUGCCCAAGGAAACCUGCGUUCCUCUCCAAACUCAGCACCAACAACGACGGAUUCGAAGGAAUCGAGCUGUCUGAAUAAGCUGCGAGCAUGAACGAAGACCACCUCAGGCCUCAACUUCCUGAAGACGGUAUCAAGCAGAAAUCCGUGGACCAGAGAGCUCCUCUCCCGGGAGAUCCUAAAUGUGUGAUCUGUUCUCGUUACGGCGAGUACAUCUGUGAUGAGACUGAUGAUGACAUCUGCAGUCUUGAAUGCAAACAAAGGCUCUUAAGAAGGCUCGAGGCAAUUCCUGUCAGUGAUGAGUGUUUUUAUGUUAGAGAUGAUGAUGAUGAUGCUCAACUGCUUAGAAGCAGAAUUGAAAUUGAUGUCAAAGGAGGAACAGUCCCUCCUCCUGCCUUGUCUUUCGAUUCAUUUGGACUUCCUUCUAUGCUUCGUCUAAAUCUAGAAACAGCUGGAUAUCGCAUCCCCACUCCUAUCCAGAUGCAAGCGAUUCCAGCCGCUUUAACUGGCAAAAACCUGCUCGUUUCAGCCAGCACUGGCUCGGGCAAGACGGUUUCUUUUCUUGUUCCCAUUGUUUCUCGAUGUGCAAGCUUCCGCUCUGAGCAUCCCUCUGUCCCGAAAGGACUGUUAGCGAUUGUUUUGACGCCGACCAGGGAGCUCUGCAUCCAAGUCGAGGAGCAGGCAAAGAUGCUCGGAAAGGGCCUGCCUUUUAAGACUGCUCUUGUCGUAGGUGGUGACCCCAUGUCUAGGCAACUCUACCGCAUUCAGCAAGGCGUGGAAUUGAUCAUUGCCACUCCGGGCCGCCUUAUCGAUCUCCUGACGAAGCAUGACAUUGAACUGGACCACGUUACGAUGUUUGUGCUGGACGAGGUUGACUGCCUGCUUCAGAGGGGCUUCAGGGAUCAGGUGAUGCAGAUAUUCAGGGCCUUAUCGCAACCCCAGGUCCUGCUUUACUCCGCAACAAUCUCCAAAGAGGUGGAGAAGGUGGCAGCCUCUCUAUCAAAGGAUAUGAUCGAGGUAUCGGUUGGCGAGCCUAACAGACCGAGCAAAGCGGUCAGGCAACUGACUAUCUGGGUAGAGACCAAGCGAAAGAAGCAGAAGCUUUUUGAGAUAUUGAGGAGCCAGAACCAUUACAAGCCUCCGGCUGUUGUUUACGUAAGUUCAAGAAUUGGAGCCGAUCUCUUGGCAGAGGCGAUAACUACAGUCACUGGGAUAAGAGCUCUAUCGAUCCACGGGGAGAAGUUGAUGAAGGAUAGGAGAGAUUUGAUGGGUUUAUUUUUAUCUGGAGAGGUGCCCGUUCUUGUUUCGACCGGGAUUCUUGGCCGAGGGGUCGACCUUUUGGGGGUCAGGCAGGUAAUAGUGUUUGACAUGCCUGAUACCAUCGAGGAGUACAUACAUCAAAUCGGCAGGGCAUCUCGGAUAGGAGAAGAGGGCACUGCUAUUCUGUUUGUGAACGAGGAGAACCGAAAUCUGUUCCCUGAUUUGGUUGCGAUUUUAAAAAGUUAUGGAGCUCCCAUACCAAGGGAACUCUCCAAUUUUGCAUCCAUGAAAGGGCGCAACAAGAAGAGGAGGUUCGGACAUUGAAGGUGAUUGAGCUGGCUGAUGCGCUUUCCUAGACUUUAGAAAAUUUGUACAAAAAAAAAAAGUGAUUUAAGGUGCAGAAUCAGAGCUAUAGUAUGUGUUAAAUUGGGGGGUUUUGGUGAAGAAUCCUUUUCGGUGCA